AUUGCUAUCUUAUAUGCUCAUAACUGCUUCAAGUACAAUUACAGUGAGAUAGUCAUAUGUGCCAGAAGACAAAGACCAAAACGUCUUCUAGAAGUUGUGUAUGGUCUUCAGGUACAAGGUAGCCAAUGGGUACCAACUGCAGACACUUUUUUGAUAGAUUGCAUAGUUUUGCGACUUCUUGGAAGAAAAGCAACACUCCAACUGGCAGAAGAAAUUUACACAGAGAUGUGGAAAAGGAAGAAUUCCAAUAUGCCAGCACUCAAUGUCUCUCAUCCUAUUACAGUGUCUUUGUGGUUCGCCUUGCAAUCAUGGCCAUGCUAGCCAUCUUGAUUGGUCUACUCACUUUCUUGACAUGGCAUUUCACAAAGAUUUAUACCACAAAAUCUCUUAACAGCUUGGCUUAUGACCUGCGUUAUGAACUUCUACAACGCCCCAUCUUGAGGAUGUGGAACGUUUUGAACUCUACUUCUGAAAUUACAACAGCUCAGGUUAAGCUGUCUCAGUAUGUCAUCAGAAGCCACACCAACCUCGCCACUCUUGCAGACCAAGUUGAGAUGUAUGACGCAAUGAGGGCUGUAACAUGGGCACUGUUUGCUAGUAGAAAAGCUCUCAAUUCAAUAACUGUGAAAUACAAGAAUGGAUUUGUCCAAGCAUUCCAUAGAGACCUGAAGGAUAAUAACACCUUUUAUAUUUACUCUGAUCUUGCAAACUACUCCAUUGUUGCCGAUGGCUAUAACGAGAUCAAUUCACUUUCAAUGCAUGAAGCUUGGAAUGACAAAGACAUUCAUGAUAACAAGUCUGCAAUUUGGUACCGCGAACCACUUGACCCUGUCAGUGGUGAGAAGAUUGGAAAAGCAAUGCCAAUUGCACCAGAAGACUCAAUCAAUAUAGCUGGCCUCUCCCAAGUACCUGAUGGUGUAGCUUCAUGGCAUGUUGCUGUGAGCAAGUUUACAGAUUCACCAUUGCUUUCUGCAGCAUUGCCAGUGUGGGACUCUUAUAAUAAAAGCAUUGUGGCUGUUGUGGGUGUCACUACUGCACUUUAUAGUGUGGGGCAGCUCAUGAAAGAACUAGUUGAAUUGCACAGUGGUCAUAUGUAUUUGACUUCCCAAGAGGGUUACUUACUUGCAACUUCCACAAAUGCACCUCUAUUGUCAAAUUCAACAAAGCCACCUAAGCUUAAGAUGGCUGUUGACUGUGAAAAUGAUGUAAUAAGAGAGGGAGCUCAGUGGCUACAGAAAACCUAUGGGAAAAAUUUCCCUCCAAGCCACGAGGUUCAUGUAGAAAACGCCAGGCUAGGCCACCAAGAAUAUUACAUUGAUUCAUUCUUCCUAAACAUGAAGAGACUUCCUCUGGUGGGUGUAAUCAUCAUACCUAGAAAGCAUAUCAUGGGGCAGGCAGAUGAAAGAGCCUUCAAAACACUGGUUAUUCUGAUAUCUGCAUCAUUGUGUAUUAUUGUCAUUGGAUGUGUUUGCAUUUUGAUAUUGACAAAUGGAGUAUCCAAGGAAAUGAAACUUAGAGCAGAAUUGAUUAGUCACCUGGAAGCAAGAAGGAAGGCAGAGGCGUCAAGCAACUAUAAAAGUCAAUUUCUUGCAAAUAUGAGUCAUGAAUUGAGGACACCAAUGGCAGCAGUGAUUGGGUUACUUGACAUUCUUAUAUCUGAUGAUCGUCUCACAAAUGAACAAUGUGCAACUGUUACUCAAAUAAGAAAAUGCUCAACUGCCCUACUCCGUCUACUUAACAACAUCUUGGAUUUGAGCAAGGUGGAAUCUGGAAAACUGGUCCUAGAAGAUGCAGAAUUUGACUUGGGACGGGAGCUUGAAGGGCUUGUAGAUAUGUUUUCUGUGCAGUGCAUUAACCACAAUGUCGAGACUGUUUUAGAUCUGUCUGAUGAUAUGCCAAAGCUAGUUCGGGGUGAUUCUGCUAGGGUAGUUCAAAUUUUUGCAAAUUUGGUCAACAACUCAAUCAAGUUUACUCUAUCGGGUCACAUUAUUCUGAGAGGAUGGUGUGAAAACCCAAAUUCUUGCAGUGAUAAUGCAAAAUUUCCUCUUCAGCAAAAAAAAUCACGAUGUUCACAAAAGGCCAGAGUUAAGCAGCAAGAAAACCAUGCAAAGAGGACCUCUACUAGAGAUAACAAAAUGAUACUCUGGUUUGAAGUUGAUGACACAGGCUGUGGUAUUGACCCAAGUAAAUGGGAAUCCGUGUUUGAAAGCUUUGAACAAGCUGAUCCAUCAACUACUAGACUACAUGGAGGCACUGGUCUUGGUCUUUGCAUCGUCAGAACCUUGGUUAAUAAGAUGGGUGGAGAAAUCAAGGUUGUCAGAAAGGAGGGCCCAGGAACAUUAAUGAGAUUAUACCUUUGUCUCAGUGCACCCGUGCAUGCCACAGAACAACAUUGUCAAGUAGAUUUUGCUAACAAAGGCUUAGUGGUACUGCUUGCACUACAUGGAAACGUGGGCCGGUCAAUUACAUCAAAGUGGUUACAGAAAAACGGGGUGGUAACUAUGGAGGCAUCUGAAUGGAAUGGAUUAACACAAAUUCUGAGGGAACUCUUUCAUUCAAGAAGUUCAGCUCGUAAUGAUGGCUUUGAUGCACACUAUUCAGUGCAUGAUGAUUUAAAGUCUAAACUACUGAGCAUACAGGAAUUAAAAGACCCAAUUUCUGUCAUUGCUGUUGACAUUGGACUACUUGACCUGAGCACAGAUAUAUGGAAGGAACAACUCAACUUGCUUCACAAGUACUCUGGGAGAGCGAAAUUUGUAUGGAUACUAAACCAUGACUCCUCCAAUACAAUAAAGAUGGAGCUUCGCAGGAAAGGACAUACAUUGACAGUGAGCAAACCCCUUUACAAAACAAAAAUGAUUCAUAUUUUGGAAGCUGUCAUGAGGGAGAAAAAUGAUGAGCUACAAAAGAAAAACAUGACUACUCCAAGAAGCACAAUGAAAGAGGGUGAUUUGCAUGAGAGUCUUGAGAUUGAUUAUACUCAAUGUGAUGUUGCAAGCUCAGAUGGUUCUGACAUAUCAGAAAUGAGUGGUUCUAAUCUUGUUAUUGCUAAUGGAGAGAAGGCGGUGAAAUCUCAUCUAUCAUCACAAUACCAGAUUAAUAACUUAGUUGAGUUAACAAAUCAAUAUAUGGAAGAUAAUAAUCCUAGGAAGGAAGGGUUAUGUCAAAGCAGCCUCAACUCUAAUGAUAUCACUGCAGACGCCACGCUAAAAUCAUCCUCCCCAAAACAAGCAUCUUCUGCAACCGGGUCUGAAUAUGGUGAAACACAUAGGGCCAGUAGCUCAGGUAGAGCAACAAGCAGAAAGAAAUCUCUUGAAGGUCUGAGGAUAUUGCUUGCCGAAGACACACCAGUAAUUCAAAGGGUAGCAACCAUAAUGCUUGAAAAAAUGGGAGCCACUGUUGUUGCUGUGGGUGAUGGACAACAGGCAGUGGAUGCUCUGAAUGGCAUGCCUAAUGUUGAAGAUUGUAGAAAGGAAUCUCUCUUGAAGGACAGAAACACAAGAUCUUCUGAAACUGAGAUUCUCAGUGGCCCUCCAUAUGACUUAAUCCUAAUGGAUUGUCAGAUGCCAAAGAUGGAUGGCUACGAGGCAACAAAAGCAAUCAGGAAAUCAGAAGUGGGAACUGGCUUGCACAUUCCAAUUGUUGCUCUCACCGCUCAUGCAAUGUCAUGUGAUGAAGCCAAGUGCCUAGAAGUGGGCAUGGAUGCCUAUUUAACAAAGCCAAUUGACUUUAAAUUGAUGGAGUCUACCAUUCUUUCACUCACAAGAAGGACAUUCUGACUUUUGACACUGUCGUGAAGUUAAUAAAGGGUUGGCUUGGACAAUCUAGAAAUGUAUAGAAGUUUACCAAAUAUUAACGACACAAGAAGCGUGGCUUAACAUGUGCAUUCCAGAAAUGUAAUCCAAUUUUCCUUGUACAUCAAGUUACUAAACUUUUGUUGCUCUUUUAUGUGAAUAUGUUGGGUUGGAGAGUUUUUAGGUAAGGAUCCUUAUAAUGAGUAGGACACCACAAUGCAACCCCAAAACCUUAAGUCCAUGGGACCAUCUCCUUAUAAACUCCUAACUUACUCAUAUCCCAUUUAAUAUGGGACUCAAUUCACACUUGAUUCCAACACUUUCCCUUAAGUGUGAACUCACUCAUAUCUCAUUCAAUGUAAGACUCAAUUCACACUUGAUUCCAACACUCCUCCUCAAGUGUAAACCUAUCUAUUCAUAUCGGCUCCCUCCACAGGAGAAGUUUUCUCUAUCAUGAGUAUCUAUGGUCUACACCACGUGAGUUGUCGUCCACUUAACGACACUUUUUGGACUUCUCACUCUCUACCAUGGAUCAUCUAUAUCGGCUCCCUUCACAGGAGAAGUUUUCUCCAUCAUGAAUAUCCAUGGUCUACACCACGUGAGCUGUCAUCUACUUAGCGACACUUUUUGGGCUCCUCACCCUCUACACAUGGAUCAUCUAGUGUCACCGCUUCCUUUACAGUGCACUUCUCACAUUGACCAUGAUUCCAUAUUGUUAGCUUUGAUACCACCGUUUGGUUGAAGAGUUUUUAGGUAAGGAGCCUUACAAUGAGUAAGACACCACAAUGCAACCCCAAAACUUCAGGACUAUGGGUACAUGGGUCAUCUCCUUAUAAUUUACUCAUAUCUCAUUUCAUGUGGGACUCAAUUUACACUUGAUUUCAACAAAAUAUGACUGCAUUUUGUACAAAAAAGAACUUUUGUUGAAGUUACCUAAUUUAUUUAUUGUUAUCAAUUGUCAAGGUGACUCUUGUGAAGAUUUUUUUGUUUCUUCUUUUUGGGUGGUAAGACUCUUGUGAGGAGUAGAUAGUGAAUUGGAGGCUUUUGUGUCUGGGUUUUCACAUUGAGAAUUCUUUGCGGAUGAAAGAUGUCAAGGGGCUUCU